AUGGGGCUCUGUAAAUGUCCCAAGAAGAAAGUAACCAACCUUUUUUGCUUUGAACACCGAGUAAAUGUUUGUGAACAUUGCCUUGUUGCUAAUCAUCCCCGAUGUAUUGUCCAGUCAUAUCUGCAAUGGCUGCAAGAUAGCGACUACAAUCCCCUGUGCAGUUUGUGUAAUAAGGGCCUCACAGAAGAAGAUUCUGGGGAAUGUGUCCGAUUAGUUUGUUAUGAUGUUUUCCACUGGGAUUGCCUGAAUCAAUUUGCCAGCCAAAUGCCAUCUAAUACAGCACCUGCUGGUUACUCUUGUCCCACCUGCAAACAUGGCCUCUUCCCUCCUGCUAACUUGAUGUCCCCAGUAGCUGAAGCCUUGAGACAGAUGCUCAUUCAAGUCAAUUGGGCCAGAGCUGGAUUAGGAUUACCAUUGAUAAAGGAGGAAACUCCAUCUAUGAACAAGCAGUCCAGUGCGCUGUCAAGUACAGCAUCAUCUUUCUCGGCUCCACCAUUGGCUGUACACAACAUCACUUCAUCACAAUCAUUAACUUCAGUCCAUUCUCAAGUAGAUGCCAAGAAAACUCUCACGCCAAAUAGCAGCAGCACCAAUAUGCCUCAAUAUACACGGCCAAGUGCCCAGGUUAGCCCUUAUACAAGUACGCCUAUCAUGGCUUCUUCAACAGCUCCCUCACACAGUGUGAUCAAUGUAGAUGCAGGUACCACAGCCCGUGGUGAGAAAGGAAUUCUUACGAGUCCAAGAAAGUUAUUUGACUCCACCAAAGAUGAUGUAUUGAACAUGUCACAUGACCAUGAUGAAGACAAAUACCGGCGACGCCCUGCUCUGAAUUGGCUUGGAAGGUUGUUUAAAACAACAGAAGGCAAAAGGAUGAGAGAUCCAAAUGCAACAAUGAAAAGGUUUAUAAUGGUACUAAUCAUUGGACUGAUUGGCUUUAUAACAGUUGUGAUGAUCUUCUCUCGAUUGGGUCACAUGGCAACAGAAGAUGAUCCAGCAUUCAACCCUCUAGCUAAUCCAAACAUUCAUGUCAAUGAACGACAACCUCCCAUAUUAAAUCAACCAGCUGUCCCUCUUGGACAAAAUAAACUGUCUCAUUAA